AUGUCCAAAACGAAAACUGCAACACAAUCCGUCGUUCCGCACCCACACAUUCCAGUGAAACUGAGUGACGAAGAUCUGAUGUUUAUUUUGGAGUUUUUUGUCUCAAAAGUGGACUUUAUCAAUUUUCUGUGCGUAACGAAAAAGUACCUGAAAAUUCCAGAGAAAUACCGAACAAACCCCAUAAAAAUUGACAACAAGACAACUUCUCUUUUCCCCAAUCUCGAGGUUCAGAAACUUUAUAGUUGGAACGACACACAACUUAAGGAUAUAAAAUUGUACGAAAUAGUGUAUCCAGAAACCUACUUUCACUAUUACUUGAAGUAUUUUUCUGUAAGAACCAAAGUCCGCGCUCGCAAGAUUAUAUAUUCUGCUGAAGACAGAGUCAACUACGAGUGCAUGAAAGGUCCUGGAGUCGUCCCUGAACAGAUAACAGAGAUUUCAGAGAAGUGUUUUGAAGAAUGCAAUAAGUUAACUUCGUUGAGUAUCCCAGACCAAGUCUCUGUUAUAGGAAGAAACGCGUUCGCGAACUGCACAAGCCUCAAAGUACUUAACCUCCCAGAGAAUUUGAAGGUUAUUGGAGACAAUUGCUUUUUGGCGUGUAAUAGCCUAACUACGAUAAAGCUGGGGAAGAACAAUGAAUUUAAAGGAAAAGCAUCGUUUGGAAUUUACAUGUUUUUAGAAAAAAAUAACAUAAAAUGCAACGACGUGUUUUACUCCGUUGAAGACAGAAGAAAGUAUGGAAACAAAAUACCAGAAGUGUGCAUUACAUUGUCUGAAAAGUGCUUUGCUGGGUGCUUGUAUUUGACUGCAAUCACCGUUCCGUCCACCAUUACAUAUAUUGGAAGUCGGUGCUUCGAGGGAUGCAAAGGAUUGAAGGCCCUCAGUCUGCCGUCAACGGUGAAGGUAUACGACAACGUGUUUGUUGGGUGUUCGUGCAUUUCGGCACUCACAAUACCAGGCAAUUUCCCCAAAAUCGACAACUCCAUUUUUGAAAACGUCCAAAUGGUGAAGUCUAUUGAGCUGACGGACUGCACGCAGUUUGACGGUAUGGUGUCGUAUUCUCUUGCUGUGAUUAUAGAAAAAGGGGGUAUUCCAUGUUCAACCAUUAAAUUUACUGAGGAGGAUAGAAGGUUGUUUGGGGAGACUGUCCCAAAGGGUGUGAAGGAGUUGGGAGAGGCAUGUUUUUCUGGCGAUUUUAGAGUUAAAUCUGUUGUUGUGCCAAAGAGUGUGACUAAGCUUGGAGUUGGUUGUUUCAAAAACUGCUGUUCGUUGACAUCCGUGACUUUGCCAAGCACGAUAGUUGAUAUUCCACAGUCUUGUUUUUACCAAUGUCCGGUUUUGAAGAGCGUGAAGGCGAAAGCGAAAAAUUUAAAUUAUGGGAAAUACUGCUUCUUUGGCUGUGAGAAGAUCAAGAAGUCGAAGAAGAUACCUCCCGAGUGUUUCGAGCAAGAACCAAUUAUGAAAUGA